GUGGAAAAUAAAAUAUAAUAGGCCUAGCCUUAUAAACAAGCCAGUCUUUAUUUAUUUUCUUUUACAGUUAAACAACUGUACCGGCCUAAAUAUUUGUUAACCAAUAAGCCUGCAAAUUAAUAAGGAUUUAACUAUUUUAACCAGAUCAUGACAAUAACACAUGAACGCAUCAUUCAAAAUAUUUACUUUUAAUAACAAAUCAACUAGAGAGGUUCUUACUGUUAAAAUUCCAGAGGUAUUUUAGUAUUAUUAAUUAUUAAUUAAUGAUAAUGUAAAUUAAAUUGUCAAUAUGAAAAUGAUGAUGAUGGCGUUAUUAAAUGAUUAUUAUUAAAUAAAUCAAUAAAUAUUAAUAAAAUUAUUAUGAUUAUCACUUCAGUGUCAGUCACAAUCAGUGAGAUGAAUCAGUGCUGUGACUAUAUUCUAUAUCUAUGUCUAUGACUAUGGUGGCACGAGCCACUAUCAUUGGCAUUGGACUUGGAGUAAUAAGUCAUAAGUCUACUCUCUCUAUACUCUAUGGCAUUGGACUAUGACUAAUAUUUACUAUGAGUUGAGUAGGCCUACGUAGUAUUAUUAUUAUUAUUAUGUAUGACUGAAUAAAUUCAAGUCCAAAUAAAUUAAAUGAAUGGAUUGGAUGGUAUAACUAUAUAUUAGGCAUUUACUAAAUCUACUAUAUGAUUAUGAAGAGCUUAUUAUUAUUAUCUUAUUAUGAAUUUUUUGUCAUUUAAAGAUUGUUAAUUAAUGUUAGUGUUGGAUACUUUUAGGCCAUGAUUCAUGAUGAUUAUUUACUGACUAAACACAGUAUAAUAAUGAUGUAUAUAAUAUAUUAUGCUAUGGCCAUAAUAUUAUGCUAUGGCCAUAAUAUUAUGCUAUGGCCAUAGCUAAAAACUAUUUAAUUUUCUUAACGAGGUAUGGAUUUAAAAAAAAACAAAAAGCAAAAUGAUAUAUUUUCGGACCAAUCCAUGCGAAUGACAAGUUAAUUCUGCACAACCGCACCACUAAACAUCACUAAGUGAAACAACAAAAAUGGCAGGGUGCAAUGGCCUUUAUUUUGAUGAAAGUUGUUUCUACUGUAAAAUCUUAAAAAAGAAAUAAAGAAUGUUCAUCGCAAGACAAAUAAUAAUCAUUUUAAAGGUUUCUGCAAGGUGAGUUAACUUUUUAUGCUUUAUUGAGCUUUGUAGUAAUAAUGCCAAAACGACAACAUGUUGUUGAAGUUUUAGUGCUUAGGCUACAAAAUAUGUGUAUAGUAUGAGUAUAAAAAAAAAUUAUUUAAUAUUGUUUUGGUUGGAGUAAAAAAUAAACCAGUAAAAACAUUUAACUUUUUCUUUCAAUAGCUGUAAAAUACGAAAUAUAUCAUUCUAAUUCAUAUAGCCUACAUUUUUUAAAGCAUAAUAAUAAUAAUAUUAAAAAAACCUAUUGACUUUUUCAGGCAUGAGAAAUUAAACCUGAAAACAGUUACAUGUCAUUCAGAAUUCUAUAAUAAAUCUGAAAAAAAGUCACAAGAUUAUGCUAUAGUAUCGAUGCUUGAUGUGGACGGAAUCAAAAGGGCCAGAGUUAAAGAUAGUGAAGGUGAAAAAUCCAGCAUAAUGAGGUUAAAGUACAUCCUAUGCAGUGAAGGAGCUACGAUACAAGACUUGAGGUUGCAGCAUGCAUUUACCAUUCUGAACCAAGCUCUCAUAGUCUCCUUAAAAAGGAGAUAAACUGACAAUUUUAAACCAGAUGUUUUGGAGUCAAAGAGCUGUGUUAAAAAUGCUUUAAAAAAAAAAAAAAGAUAUCCUUCUUCUCCUUGGUGCUGUGGAUGUCGAUGACAGAAUACAUACUAAUAAGUACUACUCUGCAAUUCCGCUGAAGAUGCAAGCGAAGCAGACAGUUCAUGAUUUUUUAAUUGUAUUUUCUUUUUUUAACAUUUUUUUUAUAAUUCUGUUUUAUAAAAACACAAUAAUUAAUAAUGAAUACAUUAUAAACUAGUAGCAGUCUAUAUACAAUAUUGCUGGGGACUUUUCAGCAUUUAUACUACUAUUCUGUUAAAAUACAUCAAUAAAACACAUUAAGCAUAACAUGAAAUAUUUGGUACUGGGAAUGUUAUCCCAUAAAAAUGGAUAUACAGCAUUUUGUCAUUAAGUUGGAUAUAAAGCCUUUUAAGACAAAAUAAAACCAAGUAAAUAAAGACAUUUUAUGUACCUAUAUUUUAAUUAUCAUCUUAGACUAACUUAUAUUAUGAAUAUAUUCCUAAAUUGAGAUUUAGUUUUACAACAAUUUGAGCCAUCAUUAUAAAGGAAAAAAGUUUGAAUAUCUCAAAACCCCAAAACUCGAUAAAAAGCACUUUGAAAAUGAGCUCUUCAUACACAUAUAUAUUUUUUUUCAUCAGUGUAAUUUCAAAAGAUCAAAAGGAAAUGUCAUAGAUAAGAAUAGCUGAUGCGUUUAAGCAAAGCAAACAAAAUUGCUAAAUCCAAUACAUGUUUCAUACCAUGGGCUUUGUGACAAUUGGUGCACUGACAGGAUACCAUGUAUUAAGAAAGUGGCUUAAAGAAAUAACUAGAUUAAAUAAAAAUACAGCAAUCUUAUUUGAUACAACUGAAAAUAAAUAUUUUGUAUCAUCACAUUUGGGUCAGGGAAUAUGAAUUUCCACUAGCAUCUCUUUUUUUGCUCUCCUUGAUUAAGUGUAGAAUGAUGAAAAACUAAAUUCUGGUAUGCGCCAAAAUGAAUCUAUGCAGUUUAAAUUUUUUUAAAAAUGUUCUAGAGAGGGCUUAGUGAGUAAGUGUUUGAGCAAUAACUGGCUUAGACUUAGUAGAAGAAUGAAGUGAAGAGAAGCCUACUUAGACUCUCUAGACAUACAACUUGACUUAUCUAUUGUAAGUGUAACUACUAUUAUAGUGUCUAUUCUGUAAAUAGACCCUAUUUAUUUUGAAUUUAUUUAAUCUUACUUGAACUCAUUCAUUGCAAGUUACUCAAUUUUUUAGAAGUCUUAUUUCAGUUGGAAUUGUGGUGUUACUCUGAAUCGUUUGUAAAGAUGAUGUAAAUAUAGUUUGGGCCUAGAUUGCAUAAUUUACUUUAAACUGACAAUAAACGUAACUACUUUUAAAUUAAAUCUUGAAAACUAACUGGACAUUAUAAUUAGCUUCCUCAACUUGCAACUUUGACUGGUAUUGUUCUAGUGUAGCUAUCCUGUCCUAAUAUCCGGCCUGUUUGGAUUUUGUCCUUGCUUUAAAAGUUCAAUUUCAUUUUAUUAGAAAUUUUUCUGCAUUGUCUGAGAGAAUAGAAUCACUCAUUGAAUUGAUAUCGUAGCUUUAGUUUGGCUUGUAGUUCAAGAAACAUUAUGUUAUGAAAGACACUGUUUUACAACUAGAGGCCUAAGUCUAAAUACAAGUACUGCAAUUACUCAUUAUUUAUCAGUUUAGUUCAUUCAUUCAUUAACUGAUAAAAUUGAGUACCCGGUAAUUACUUCAUUCAUUAUUUAGUUAUAAUAACUUUAUUGUCAUAUCUUAUUAAAAAUGCACAUUUAAAGAUUUGUUAUAUCUCUCAGUUAACAGAUGCAGACUAUGGCCUAUACAUCUGGCCUUGUGCACCUGUUCUUGCACAGUAUAUAUGGCUGAGGAAAGGUUUUAUAACGGGAAAGAAAGUUUUAGAGGUAAGUAAUUUACUACUCAAAAGCAGAGCCUUAAAUUAUAUGGAUUCAAUUCAAGCAAUGCUACCUCCUCACUGGAAUAUUUUAAAAAAAUUCUUGUGAAAUACAUUAUAAAUCUGAAAGUAGUUUUUUUUAAAUAAUCUUUUUUGUUAUGGUAUCAAAUUUGGUCUUGUUUUUCGGCGUAGUGAAAAUAUUCAAUAACAUGUUUGGCUUGAUUACAAUUAGUGUGAACACUACUCAUUAUUUAUAUAAUCAGUAUAUAAACAGUGUGGCAAUAUAAUAUAAUUUCAGAUUUUGAUUUCUAUAAAGAUGAAAUAAUUUGUGUUUUACGUCUUCUGGAACCCUCUAGAGUAAAUGUUAUUAUAAAAGGUUAUAUUUAGGAGUCUGAUGGUUUGCAUGUUAAGACAAUAAGGGCUCUACUUCAUAUUACCCCAUUUUUGUAGGGAAUACAAGACUUACUCCAAAAUUGCUUAGGGAUGCGCAAUAUGGUAUAAAUAUGGUUUGGAAACACUGCUCUAGACAAAUGUAUGAGUUGGAUAUUCAAAAAGUUUAAUCUGGAGAUCAGACAACACAUUAAACAUUAUUUUCUAUGAUACAUAUUGCACCUAUAUUUGUUCAUAAAGAAAUGUUUAAAUGUGUUUUAUUUUAAAUUUUUUAUUUAAUCUUUAUGACCAGAUUGGCGCUGGCACAGCUUUGCCUGGUAUUGUAGCUGCCAAAUGCGGAGCCAAAGUUAUCCUAAGUGAUAGCACCAAUUACCCAUUAUGUCUUGAUAUUUGCCACAAGAGUGCUGAAUUGAAUGAUGUGACUGAAAUCAGUGUUGUAGGAAUUACAUGGGGGCAAGUGACAUCAGUUCUUGUUAAUCUACCAAAAUUAGACAUUGUUUUGGCCUCAGAUUGUUUCUACGACUCUAAAGGUUAGUCCAAAAAGAUUUAGUAAGAAAUUAUAGCAACAAUCUCAGUUUUAAAGUAAAGAAUGUUAUUUAUUAAUUACUUAUAAUACUAUAAGUUAUUAGCCAACAUGGAACAACCACCCUCAGUAUUUUGUUGGGAAUGAUAUUAAAAUCAGAAGGGGAAGUGCCAAUUAUUUCUUAAGAAAAAUUAAGAAGGUACCGGCAAUGCUUUUUAAUGAUGCUUGGUCCAUCGUGGAUAAUAUGUAUGCUAACUUUUGAUAACAGCACCCAUGUUUUGGUUGGAGCCAUGAUACUGAGAUUCUCAAUAGAUCUGUUCAUAUUAACUGACAUGCUUACAUUUUUCUGCCAGAUUUUGAGGAUGUUGUCAUGACUCUAUCUUAUGUAUUACAUCGAAAUCCAAAUGCAGAAGUGUGGUGCACUUACCAGGAGAGGAGGUAUACAAACACCUGUUUCCAAGUUUCAUGAAAAUUCCAUUGAAAAUUCUUACAAAGAAUUUUAUAUUAUUUUUUAAAAGAUGUUGAAAAAUAUUUAUUUGAGAGAUGUAAUAAAGGAGGGGGGGGGGGGGGGGGAGGGGGAGGAGACGAAAUAAUUUUUAUAUUGUGCUUCUAACAAAACAUUUAAUUUUAAAAAAAUUAUGCUACCACUACCAUUAUUUAAAUAACGUUUUUACUUUUAAUUUCUUUCAUUAAAACAGUUCAGAGAGAUCCAUUGAACAUUUACUGGACAAAUGGGAGCUUUAUGGUGAGGAAGUUGAUGCCCCUGCAAUGGACACAGUGACAACUACAUUUGAAGGGCAUUUAUUACAUGUAAUUAAAUUAUUUAUAAUUAGACUGAAGAAAGAAAUAAAGCCGCUCUAGUAAAAAGUACUAAAUUAGCUAAUAAUUGAUGAUCAUAGUUGUUUUUGUAAAAAUACAAAUAAAUUCUUGAGGAAGAUUUUAUAAAAUUUUAUAAUUAGGUUAGUGAUAACUUCACAAUCUGUUGCCUAAUGCUAAUAAUAUUGUAGUAAUUUUUUUCUUUCAUGCAUGGAUUUUAAAUUUGGUUUGAUUUAUUUGUAAAUUUGUGACUCAACAUUUGCCAAAUCAUAUGAAUAAAUAUAGGGAUGACUUAGCAAAAAAUGAUUUUAUUAAAAAAAUGAAACGUUUCAUGUAAAUUGAAGAAUAUGUCCUGAACUGGUUUUAACUGAUUCGGUGAGCUGUGGCAAGCCUGACAAAAUGACAUUGUUUUGUUAUCACUUAUAAUAUAAUUUAUACAGAAACUUAAAUUUAUCUCUACGAGUUUCAUACAAGAAUUGUUACUUUAACAUGGAUGAGUUUGAAAUUUGCAAGGAAAUAAAUAACAGCAAAUGAGCCAAAACCCAU